AUGGAUACUGUCACUUUGAUGAUGCUUUUGUUGCAUCUUUGUUGCCUUACUUCACUGAUGUUUAAAUUUGGCAUUUGCACAGGACCCUCAGACUCAGAGACUUUCUGUGUUCCUAGUGAACGUGAAGCGCUUUUGAGGUUCAAGCAUCAUCUCAAAGAUCCUUCAAACAGGCUCUGGUCUUGGAAUGCUUCCAAUACCAAUUGUUGUGAUUGGACUGGAGUUGUUUGCAGUAAUGUAACAGCUCACGUCCUUGAGCUUCACCUCAACACUUCACCACCUCCACUGCCUUAUUCCAAUAACUCUGAUAUUGAAUAUGAAGAAGCUCUUGAUGCUUAUCAUAGCUCAAAGUUUGGUGGUGAGAUAAAACCUUCCUUGCUUGAGUUGAAGCAUUUGAGUCACUUGGACUUAAGCGGAAAUUCUUUUGGGUUUGUGCAAAUUCCUAGUUUCCUUUGGGAAAUGACCUCCUUGACUUACCUUAACCUCUCUUGUGGGGGAUUCAAUGGGAAGAUUCCUCAUCAGAUUGGGAAUCUUUCUAAUUUGGUCUAUCUUGACCUGAGCUAUGCAGCCAGUGGGGAAGUUCCAUAUCAAAUUGGGAAUCUCACAAAAUUGCUUUGUCUUGGUCUUCAAGGUUUAGACUUUCUAUUUGCUGAAAAUCUUCACUGGCUUUCAGGUCUUUCCCAGCUUCAGUAUCUUGAAUUGGGAAGGGUAAACCUUUCAAAAUCAUUUGAUUGGCUACAGACUUUGCAAGCUCUUCCUUCUUUGAUGGAGUUACGCUUGUCACAAUGUAUGAUCCAUCGUUAUAAUCAUCCAUCCUCAAUUAACUUUUCUUCUUUAGCCACUCUUCAACUUUCCUUUAUUUCUUCACCAGAGACUUCUUUUGUCCCCAAGUGGAUAUUUGGACUCAGAAAACUAGUUUCUCUUCAAUUAAAUGGUAACUUCCAAGGCUUCAUUCUUGAUGGCAUUCAAAGCCUUACACUUCUUGAAAAUCUUGACUUGUCUCAGAAUUCAUUCUCAUCUUCUAUACCCGAUUCGUUAUACGGUCUUCAUCGUCUCAAGUUCUUGAACCUACGAUCCAGCAACUUGUGUGGCACUAUUUCUGGUGUCCUGAGCAAUUUGACUUCUUUGGUCGAACUUGAUUUGUCAUAUAAUCAGCUUGAAGGAAUGAUUCCAACUUAUUUGGGAAAUUUGACUUCUUUAGUUAGGCUUGAUUUGUCACGUAAUCAACUUCAAGGAAGAAUUCCAACUACUUUGGGAAAUUUGACUUCCCUGGUUAAACUUAAUUUUUCACAAAAUCAACUUGAAGGACCAAUUCCAACUACUUUGGGUAAUCUCUGCAACUUAAGGGAGAUUGAUUUCUCGUAUCUCAAACUCAACCAACAAGUUAAUGAAAUUCUAGAAAUUCUCACUCCUUGUGUUUCGCAUGUUGUCACAAGACUCAUAAUUUCGAGUUCUCAACUUUCUGGCUAUCUGACAGAUCAAAUUGGGUUGUUUAAAAAUAUUGUCAGAAUGGAUUUUUCUAACAACUCAAUUCAUGGUGCACUUCCUAGAUCAUUGGGAAAACUUUCAUCAUUACGCAUUCUUGAUCUUUCCCAAAAUCAAUUCUAUGGAAAUCCAUUUCAGGUUCUUAGAUCACUUCAUGAAUUGUCAUAUCUUUCAAUUGAUGACAAUCUGUUUCAAGGAAUUGUCAAAGAAGAUGAUCUUGCAAAUCUUACAAGUUUAAAAGCUUUUUUGGCAUCAGGGAACAAUCUCACUUUAGCAGUGGGUCCCAAUUGGCUCCCUAGCUUUCAGCUAUUUGAAUUGGGCAUGAACUCGUGGCAAUUGGGUCCUAAUUUUCCAUCAUGGAUUCACUCACAAGAGGCUCUUCUAUCAUUGGAAAUUUCUAACACAGGGAUAUCAGAUUCUAUCCCUGCUUGGUUUUGGGAAACAUGUCAUGAUGUUUCUUAUUUGAACCUCUCUAAUAAUAAUAUCCAUGGCGAGCUUCCAAAUACAUUAAUGAUUAAAUCUGGUGUUGAUCUAAGCUCAAAUCAAUUACAUGGGAAAUUACCCCAUCUAAAUGAUUACAUCCAUUGGUUAGAUCUUUCGAACAAUUCAUUCUCUGGAUCCCUGAAUGAUUUCCUAUGUAAAAAGCAAGAGUCGUUCUUACAAUUUCUCAAUCUUGCAUCGAAUAAUUUAUCAGGGGAAAUACCUGAUUGUUGGAUGACGUGGCCAUAUCUGGUUGAUGUAAAUUUACAAAGCAAUAACUUUGAUGGGAACUUACCCCCAUCCAUGGGUUCAUUAACUCAGCUACAAACUUUGCACCUUCGUAGUAACUCCCUCUCAGGAAUAUUUCCUACCUUUUUGAAGAAAACAAAUAUGUUGAUUUGCUUAGACCUUGGGGAAAAUAGCCUUACAGGAACUAUUCCAGGAUGGAUUGGAGAAAAGCUCUUAAACUUGAAGAUUCUUCGCCUUCCAUCAAAUAGAUUUACCGGUCAUAUUCCUAAAGAAAUAUGUGAUAUGAUUUUUCUUCGGGAUUUGGACCUUGCAAAAAACAAUUUGUUUGGAAACAUACCAAAUUGUUUAAACAACUUGAAUGCCAUGUUGAUUAGGAGUAGAAGUGCAGAUUCAUUUAUCUAUGUCAAGGCAUCCAGCUUGAGAUGUGGGACUAAUAUAGUUAGUUCACUCAUAUGGGUGAAAGGAAGAGGUGUAGAGUACAGAAAUAUUCUUGGCUUGGUGACAAAUGUUGAUCUUUCUGGUAAUAAUUUAUCUGGUGAAAUUCCAAGAGAACUUACAGAUCUAGAUGGACUUAUUUUUCUAAACUUGUCCAUCAAUCAGUUGAGUGGCCAAAUCCCACUAAGUAUAGGGAAUAUGAGAUCAUUGGAAUCCAUUGAUUUCUCAUUCAAUAAACUUUCAGGAGAUAUUCCUUCAACCAUAUCAAACUUGAGCUUUCUCAGCAAGCUUGACUUGUCUUAUAAUCAUUUAGAAGGGGAAAUUCCAACAGGCACUCAAAUUCAAACCUUUGAAGCAUCAAACUUUGUUGGAAACAGUUUGUGUGGCCCACCACUACCUAUCAAUUGCAGUUCUCAUUGGCAAAUAUCUAAGGAUGAUCACGAUGAAAAAGAGAGUGAUGGGCAUGGAGUGAAUUGGCUCUUUGUGAGUAUGGCAUUUGGAUUUUUUGCGGGAUUUUUGGUAGUGGUUGCUCCUUUGUUCAUUUUUAAAUCAUGGAGGUAUGCCUAUUAUCGUUUCCUUGAUGAUAUGUGGCUCAAAAUGGAGUCUUGUUGGUGA